GGUCCAGCCAACUCUUACGAAAGGGUUAACAGCCAGUGAAACAGGACACCUGCUUCAAGAAUGCUCUUCUCAAGGGCCCUCCUGCUUUCUCUUCUGACAGCACUGCUGUUUGAGUACGCUCGGAGCAAAAGAAUCAACUGCAAGGACAAAUGCUGUGAGUUUGUGGAGGGAUUCCCAGUCAGACUGAAACAUCUGCGUUCCUCGUACUCUCAGAUACAAGACUACUAUGAAGAAAAUGAUGAUCUUGAGACUGCACUAUUAAACAGGACAGUGCUUGAAAAUGUUAAAAGCCCCUACGGAUGCCAUGUAAUGAAAGAAAUUUUGUAUUUUUACUUGGAAACUGUUUUACCUACCGCUGCCUUAGAAGUAAAAAGCCUCUACAAAAAGCCAAUAGACGCCAUUGGAAACAUUUUCCUGGAGUUGAAGAGGGAGCUUGCCAAAUGCAGGAAUUACUUCGCAUGCGAAAAACCUUUUGAAAUUUCAACCAUCAAAGAUUCAUAUAACCAAAUGGCGGGUAAAGGUCUGUACAAAGCCAUGGGAGAGCUGGAUCUGUUGUUCAACUACAUUGAAAAUUAUCUAGCAUCAAAAAGACAAAAAGCCUAAACGCAAAUAAGGGCACGGCGGAUAACCUGUG